AAAAGAAUCUGAGUGCUAGUAGGAGGUGAAACUUGAACUGUUUUCUUACCUACUCAAAGGACAGAACUGAAGUAACAAGUUUUGUGUCCAAACUGAAAGCUUUUCAAAUCAAAUGGAAAAUGAAAAUGAAUUUUAUAUGAGAUCACUUUCAAUUAUUCUGGAAAGUCAUUAUCAGCAGGACAAUACUAAUGCAAAACUGACUGAGUAGCUUUUCAUCUCAUUUUUAUCAAAACACAGUGUAGUCUUCAGGAACCCAAAGAUUAAACAACAUGUAAGUUUUAUUAUCAUGCUUGUUAUCAUAUCUUAUCUACCAUAAUAUUGUUAAUUAUAAACUAACAAUAUUGGUAGUAUUCUUUCACUUUCAGGUUCUCGAACUGGAAGGAGGCCAAUAGAUACCAGCUGAAGUACAAAGCAUCCCUAAAGAUUAAACUCUACAUAUUGCCGUAUUAAAAUGCCAUAAUAACAGUCUUAAGAGCCCAGGCCUUAAUAGUCUGAUAAAAGGUUGAAUCUUGUUCCUUAGAAAGAACUACAUGUUACAUAAAACUUGAUAAGUGGACCUUGAAGGAAGCUGUUCCCAAGAAAACAGCAGAUCUUAAAUCACUACAAACAAGUAACAUUUUGUUACUAUGGAAUCACGAUUUACCUCUUUUUAAAUGAUAGGGCACCAGUUGUCCUUCAAAGAGCUACAACCAAAUGGCUUCUAAUUGUAUCCAAUAUUCAAUCUAGCAAAGACGGAUCAAUCCAAAGUAAAGCAGCUAUUUGGUUGAAUAGUAAUAAUUUAUAUUGAAUAUAUAAACUAUAUUCAAACAGUAUAUAUUCAAAUGAAGGCAAAAUUAAUUUGCAGAAGAAGUGGAAAUAAAGCAAAGACCUCUAUGACCUAACAACUGCUUUAACUCUGUAGUCCAGUCAAGAACUGAGAGAAAAUGUUAAAGAAGUAAAACCUUCUAUCACCUUUCCCCACAGAUCAAUAUCACCACUGGGUUUUGCUUUGCCACAAAGGGCACAGGGAUGACACCCUGAUCUAAUUCCCAGGCCAUAAAUCAUUCAUCACCAGCAGAACAUGACUUGAAGAUGAGCAGUCCUCCGACUACUUCAGCAGAGAAGCCCUGUCCUCCCCUAGAGGAAUUAGAGUGUAAAAUCUGCUACCAGCGCUACAAUGCCAACAACAGGAAGCCUAAGAUCCUGGACUGCCUACAUCGGGUGUGCUCUCGAUGCCUCGUUAAGAUUCUGGACGUCACCGACGGAGCGGGCUGCGUCCCCUGCCCCUUCUGCCGACACCAAACUGAAAUCACUGAGUACCAGGUCUCCGCCCUGCCUGAUGACGUCAACAUCAUGUCCCACCUGACAACACGAGAAAAGUUCUGCAGUUUGGACAAGAAGAGGGAGGUGGUCUUGACGCCAAAGAAUUUGUCCUCCACCAGUCCGUCCCAUGACUCCUCAAACUGCCUGGUCAUCACCAUCAUGGAGGUUCAGAGGGACUUGCAGCACUCUCCGAGCCACAACGGCAGCUCGGAUAUUUACGCCGACCAGAGCCUGGACUCUGUGUCAAUCGGUUCCAACGGACCCACAGAUCAUGAUGCGCUUUCGAAGCUCUGCAAUCACGUCCCACGUAUCCUGGUGUGGCUGCUUGGUUUCUUAUACUUUGGUUCGUUGCCCUUAGGAAUCUAUUUGUUAGUGAUCCAGAGAGUGACUCUAGGAAUCGUAUGUGUUAGCUUAGUGCCAUCGAGUCUGACAGUUUGCCUAGUGUAUGGGUUUUGUCAGUGCCUGUGUCAGGGCAUGUGUGACUGCUUUGCCCGGGGCUGAGAGUAUGGAAACCAGUGAACCGAGGGAUAAAGAUAAAGUAAGCUCCAGAAGUAAGAAAGCUAGGGUGAUAUCCUCUUCAUGGGGCUUAAUAGCUCUCCUAGCACGCAGCUGUCCUCAUGCAUAUAAAGGACCACGCAGAAAGAAACAGAAACCUAUCUUUAGUGAUGUGCUCUGCUUUCUUCACGCCUACUGCUUCAAUAUCAGUUUGGUCAAGAGGAACAGAAUCACUGACAAGCUCAGUCUGCGACUGGAGCCUGCAGUACACCUACAGUCCUGUGAUGUACGUCUCUGUGUAUGUGCCUGAGUUGUUCCGUGUUGUGACUAUGAGCUGGUCUUACAGCCUUUUAGAGCAAGCACUCGAUAUUUCACGCAAGCAGAUUUAGGAGGAAAUGACAUAACCAUACAUUGCGAAAGUAUUGAUACUAACUGAGUUCGUCUCAUUUUGUCAUGCUUCAACAAACUUCAAUAUAUCUUAGGGUAAUUUUACCAAUAUACCAAGAUAAAUUAGGGCAUGAUGGACAUUCCUCAUUGAAACAAACAUUAAACUUUCUGGUUAUGCAAAACAUCAUGAGUGAAGAAAAACUAACCAAACAUGAAACAUCAUGCUGUGGGGAUGCCUUUCCUCAUUUGGUACCAGCAAAUUGUUCAAUGGUUGAUAUGAGAACGAAGUUACAGUAAAUGCAGUGUAAUCCUAAAAGAAAACCCGCUAAGAGGCCACAAAAGACUUGAGACUGGGUCACAGUUUCACCUUUUAGAAGGAUGAGAACACUUAACUUACAGUCAGAAUUGCAAUUAUAGAAUCAAUUUAAGCAUGUCCAUUUGUUAAAAUGAUCGACUCACAGACACACUAUGUCUAAUCUGACUUAGCUUGAGCUAUUUUGCAAAGUAGAAUAUGUAAAAAAAAAUAAGUGUCCUGAUGUGGAAAGCACUUGCAGCUUUAAUUCCAACAACAACCAUUGCCAGAGGGGGUGAAUAGAAAAAGUUUUGAAAAGAUUUUGAUAAGCAUGUAUUUUUUCCUUCCACUGCACAAACAUGGUCAACUUGAUGUUGGUCUAUAUAACACAAAAUGCAAAUGAAGUACAUUGCGGUUUGUUUUCGUACCUUGGAAAAAUGUGGAAAAACUUUAAGAAGUAUGAGUCAUUUUAUGAGACAUACAUUGAAAUUAGAGAACAUAUUUACUUAUUAUGCAGCAAAGUGAGAUAAGGAAGACUGUAUAGGAAAUCAAAUCCUGUGAAAAAAGGGGAGUUACAUAUGCGGUAACUCCCCUGCAGCACAACCAGAAAAAGUUUAAUUUUCCAAACUUAUCUUGUAUAAAUGAUAUAAAUGAUUGGUACAUUCCAACCCCCAAUGGUUCUGCUAUAUCUGUUCCAACAAUGGUACUAGCCAAUGUUAGUCAUUUUGUUUAACUGAAGCUGAGACGCAAUAUCAUGGUGGUCGUCUCAUAAAGGUUAAAGAAAACAUCUAAAUAUCGGUAAAUAUCGGUGAUUGCCAUAACAGAAAUUUUAAUAUCAGAUAUUGAUAUUGGCCCAAAUUUUCAUAUCAGGUCAUUUCUAGUUCUAAGGUUUGCAUACAGUUAUAAGACUACAUAAGCUAUAAGUUUAUUUAAUGUAAAUCAUAUACUUUCCAAUCAGAUACAAGUCUGGAGUUACAAUUUGUAUGUUUAGGAUUGAAUUAUUUUCCAAAAGGUGUUUUUUUAAUAACUCCAUCUAUUUUUUUGUUGUUGUUCUUGUGUCAAAUUUGUAUGCAAGACAUUGUGGACUGAUGCAGAAAAGUCUGAUAUUUCCAGCAGCACCUCAGAGAAAGCUAAAAACUGUUUAACUUUCUAAUAAUAAUUCUGAUAUGUGAGCUGCACUGCUGUUCACAAACAAGGUGGUUUGAAUUGUACGGGUUUCAUAGACGCACAAAGCGUUUGUGUGUUCAGAGCCAAGACUGUGCCAAAUAAUAUGACAAACUCCAUCCUUCAGGCUUUUACACAGCCAGAGUCAAUUUAACUUCUUUUGUGUGUGUCGAUGACUGAGGGCUUUGGAAUGACUUGUUUUAUGCAUUUAAUGAUAAAAUUCCAGUAAUAAUUUUGCAAUUUGAAACUAUUUGUCAUCGGAGAGCAAAUGCAGCCAUUUAGGAUGGGUUUUCAGAAAGGCUUUCGGUCGAAUAAAAAUUCUGGAAAUUCCUUUAUGUUUCGGUUUGACUGCCACAAAUCAGCUUCAAAUUUGACCAUGUUGAUGUUCUCACAGUAACAACCAUCUGAACUCCAAAGCCUAAAGUUUUUCUUUCUUAAAUGUUCUUCACCUCUUUCAAUCACACUUUUCUGCCUGUGUCAAUGCCCUCUCCAAAGUUUCCCCUUGUUUGUACACUGUUUGCUUAAUACCACACAAUUAUACACAGUUGCCAUAAGAAGAUGAAAUAAACGGGGAAUUAUUUUCUAUA